AUGGCAUUCUCUAAAGAACCUGGGCAAUCGCCAGCAACGCUACCUGAGAAGGGCAUUCCUACCAAACCGGUGUUAUUCUUUGACGUUGACAACUGCCUGUACCCUCAAGAUAGUGGAGUCCAGGAGGAGGCAGCUGAAGGGAUCUAUAACUAUAUUACAAGUCAUACCGGGCUGAAUAGGGAACAGGCCGCCGAACUUUGCGUCGAAUACUCCAAAACGUACGGCUUUCUGCCCGAAGGCCUGGUCCGUCAUCACAGUAUCGACGCGAAGCAUUACAACUCCACAAUCGAUGAAGGCCUCCCUAUCGAGACCCUCCUUAAACCCGAUCCCAAGCUUAGGCAACUGUUGCAGGACAUUGACAGGUCCAAGGUUCGGCUGUGGCUGUUUAGCAACGCAGACGAUGUAUACGUGAAGAGGGUCGUGCGUCAUCUGGAAAUCGAUGACUGUUUCGAGGGGUUGUCUUACUGUGACUAUGCCCGUGUGCCACUGCUUCACAAACCAAAAAGAGAAAAGUUCCAGGAAGCGAUGAAAGACGCAGGUAUCGAAAGCAUCGCGGACUGCUACUUUGUCGAUGACUCAUACUUGAACUGUCGAGGUGCGCAGGAUUUUGGAUGGACAGCAAUGCAUUUGAUCCAGGAUGGCCUUCCAACUCCUCCAUCUCAGGCCUCACAGCAUCAGAUCAAAAGCUUGGAGGAACUGCGCGUUUUAUUCCCUCAAUGGUUCAAGAAUUAA